AUGGCGGACAGCUUCAGAAACGCGAUGAUCAACCGAUCUCUCCGCGACAUCAAGAACAACCUCGAAUUCCUCGUCGAGUCCAACGUCCUCACCCCGGCGCAACACGACACCAUCGCGGCCCAACUCCCCGUCUCAGCCGAAAACAGCGCGCGCGCCCUCCCCGCCGUGCCUUCCGCCCAACUCUCGCAGAUGAACAUCCAGAGCGAGCCCACGCCUCCCCCAGAGAAGAAGAACCCAGCAAACAUCGGCUACUACGCCGACAACACCGCCAACGCACCACCCCCAGCCUACCCCUCCGUCCCCGCCACACCCGCCGGUCCCCCAGUCCUCGCCCACGCCUCAGCAAUGUACCAGUACAACGCGCAAGACGCCGGCGACCUCGCCCUCAUGCCCAACGACAAGGUCGUGGUGACGGAGUACAUGAACAACGAGUGGUGGAAGGGACGGAACGAGCGCACGGGUAUGGAAGGUAUCUUCCCUGCGAGCUACGUCCGCAAAGAGGAGAAGAGCGUUGUUCCUGCAUACAAUGGUGCGCCCGCGCCGAGCAACUACGGUAACAUGCCGUUGGAUGUUGCGAGUGGAGCACAGCAGGGAGGUCAGGUGCAGCCGGCGGGUGAGCCGAGUAAGAUGGAACAGAAUGGCAAGAAGUUUGGUAAGAAGUUGGGGAAUGCGGCGAUUUUUGGUGCCGGUGCUACGAUUGGUGGAAAUAUCGUCAACUCCAUCUUUUAG